UAGUGAAUGGUAAUAUAUUAAACAGCUUCUGAAUCUCGAAUGGAGAAAUAUUUUCAAAUUGGAUUUUUUCAUAAAAUAUUUUUCUUCCUCGAAGCUGGGAAAUGUAAUUGGUCUCUGUUUCCAGGUACCUACUUCAUAUUGUACGAUUUCAUCGACUUCUUCCAGAAAGACGGGCCGAGUUUCUUGCAAAGAGAUAAGUUCCUAGACAUCAUCAACACAAUUUUCAAGAAUAUGACGAAAAUUGAGAGGGAAGCUAUCAUAUUCCAGUACACAGAUUGGGAGCAUGUUAUGGAUGGUUAUCUGAACCAGAAAAUGAUCGGAGAUGUGGUUGGUGAUUACUUCUUCAUCUGUCCGACAAAUCAUUUCGCACAGGCAUUCGCAGAGCAUGGAAAGAAGGUGUACUACUAUUUCUUCACCCAGAGAACCAGUACAAGUUUAUGGGGCGAGUGGAUGGGAGUCAUGCAUGGAGAUGAAAUAGAAUACGUAUUUGGUCAUCCUCUCAACAUGUCGCUGCAAUUCAAUGCUAGGGAAAGGGACCUCAGUCUGCGAAUAAUGCAAGCUUACUCUAGGUUUGCAUUGACAGGUAAACCAGUGCCUGAUGACGUGAAUUGGCCUAUCUACUCCAAGGACCAGCCGCAGUAUUACAUUUUCAAUGCGGAGACUUCGGGCACAGGUAGAGGACCCAGAGCAACAGCGUGUGCUUUCUGGAAUGAUUUCCUUCCAAGGUUGAAGGCUCGAGCAGAAGGGGAACUUGAAUGCGAAACACCAUCUCCGGCGCCGACAAGUAUGGACGACUACAACACACCCGACGAGAUGACCUUCAACAUGACCAGCAGCGCUAUGAUCACCGCAGCCAAUCAGCAGAACAUCAUGCCCUACAACAUAUCCAGGCUCCUCCUAUUUCUACUGCUGCAACUGCUACAAUCGACAAUAUAAACCUAGACAUCCGACAAUAUUGGAGAAAUUAGAAAAGAAAUUUUGCAUGCUCAAUGCUCCGGCUAGCAUACACAUGUAGUGAGCAUGAAUAGUAUGUAAAUACAUAGUAAUGUGAAUACAUGUAUGUAAGUGCAUGUAAUACAUAGUAACUGUGAUUGUAACAAGACCUGCUAGUAGAAAACAGAGAGGGUUUGAUGCAUCAGUAGAACCAAGUUGGGUCUGGUUGAGCCAGCCAAUGGGAGUUCUACUAAUGUAGAAAUGGUUGAUGUUACUUCACAGCACUGAAAAUGCUUUCGAUGGUGAUGCAAUAUCGUUGAUGUCCUAGAAAACCCUUCCAACCACGACGAUAUACACACGAGACGUAAGUGACACAGCUUGAAUGAAAGAGCUUAGAAUAAUUAGUACAACUAAAUAUAAUUGUUUUGCACAAGAUUUAAGAGGCGGGACCUCUUAAAUUACCUCUGUCUAAUCUUCCUUCCUCUUUCCUAUCCCUCAUCCCUUUCCCCUGAUAACUAGUCCUCUGAUAGGUUACCUCGAAACGAGCUUUAUGUAUUGUAUGAAAUCACUCCUGGAUGAUGAUUUAUAUAGGAGGCAAUUUAUACAUCAACUGAGCGUUGAUUAAUAUAUAUUUAUGUAUAGAUGUUGAUAUUAUUAUAUACCUACCUAUACUAUUAACCUUGAAGCUUUUUUAUACGAUGUCCUCUUCGUUCGUCAAACUUCCCCAAUGAAUGGAGCUGAUAAUCAACUGCUAUAGGUGUACUUUCAAUAAUGGAUAUCUAGAAUAAUUAUUGAUAACUUUAGAGUAAUAUACCUACGGAAAAACAAUAAGCGAACAGGAUACUUUCAUAUGGGUAUUCUCCUAAAACGUACACAUAUCAUUCAUGCCUGAAACAAUAUAAUAUAUAAUACUAAAUAAUGAGAAUUAGGUAUGGUACUGAGAUGACCGAGAAAAAUAUCAUUAUAAAGUAAUAUGAACCCGGUGAUUAACAGGGAGUGGGAUUUGUUAGUUUGUAACUGAAACAUAUCAAAAUAUUAUGAGGAAUGAUGUCAAUGAAAAAAAAUCUUUGUACAAGAAAUUUUAUAUGCAUAUAUAUAAAUAUAUAGUGUAUACAUAAUAACUAUUUAUAUUUCGUAUUGCAAUGUAUACACUAUAAUGCACCUUAUUGUAUAUAAUACUGUGAUGUAUUCUUCCCCCCCAAAAAUCAAAUACAUAUCAAUGCAGAGGCUCUCGCAUAAACUUGACGUAUAAAUAUAGUGAUAGAAAAUCUUGCGUAGAAUUUUGGAAAAAUCAAACUGAUGUAUACUUUUCUUUUAAUCUCAAAAAUAAAUAAGCCCAAUAUUCAAUUUCUGAGCCAAAAAUUUAUUUUCCAUUUAUAAUCUUCUACAAAAACUUAUCAUCUCAAUUAUUCAAGAAAGUUGUUCUAUUUAUAAUAUUUUUCAAAAACUUAUUCCCUCGCACAUUCAAGAAAGUUGUUCUUGUUACAAUACUCACAUUAAAAAAUAAAAUGGCUGUAGUUGAACAGAUCGGAACGAGUUUCAUUUUGAAAUGGGAGAUAAAAGCUUUACAAAGCCACAUUAAUACAAAUAUGGCUCAUGAUCUCGUCAUAAUGGAAGAUAUUAAUACUCUCAAAAAUAAAUGUAUUUUAUGUAUGAAUAAUUCAUGAUUAUCAAGAUCAUAAAAAAUUACAAAUUUCACCCAUGAUAUUAGUUGCAUUUCAAAUCAAUAAGCUGUAUCCUCGAAGCGGUCACUUGUCUUUACGUGCCAUGGAAGUAGACAAACAUAAUACAAAACUUUAUAUACAAACUCUCCUAAAUAGAAUUUUGUAUCUCAUAUUCAGGAGAAUAAUAACUAGUGAGAAUUUUUACAACUGGAAAGCAAAUGAAAAUUCAUAAGACAUUACGAGUACCAGUGAAUGAAAACUGAACUACCGUAUAUCAAAAUACUUCUAAUCUAUAUACUAAUUCAUAAAAGGAUUAUUUUAUACAGUGCUGUGGAUUUCUUUUCUAGAUGUGUUCUGGUUAGUGAAUGACUGUCAUGGGAUAUUUUCAUGGAAUAGGCUAUUUCAUAAACAAUUAUUCAAAUUCUUUAUUGAUUGACUGAAGAAACAAACUAGAUUGUUCGAAAAAUUAUUAUUGGAUUGGUAGAGCUAUGCUAAAAUGGAAUUUCAUAGUUUUGAUAUGAACUCAGAUAAUUUUUGAGUACGAAAUAACCCAGAUUGACGAUAUCUCAAGAAUGUCCUCUACUAGAUUUUUUAAAAACAAUCAAAUUAUGAUGAAAAAGCACAAAUAUUUGCCUACUACUGUGACUUUACGCAAUCCAUACAUAUCAAUAGCAUAAUUCUUGGUAGAUAUAUUAUAUAAUAACAGGGGAAUGUGAGUAGAAUAUCAUGGAAACAUAUAUAUUUAUCAGAGUAAAUAUCGUGGAAUAUGAUCAAAUCGUGGAAGGUGUAGCCUAUAAUAUUCUCUAGGUAAAUUUUUUUGUCAUUUUUCAUCAAGUUAUUUUGAUUUUACAAAACCUUUCAUGACUUGAAAGCUUAGAAAAUGAUUAUAAAAAUAUUUUGAAAAGUCCUAUUUCAAAUUUGAAUAAUGUGCAAUGGAUAUUUUAAUUGCGCAGAAUGUAAGAAUAUCAAUUCCUUGUGAAAGAUAAUUCAACAUAGGUACCGUACUCUUAAGUCUAUUACAGUAUUAUCCCAUAAUAUCUUGAAAUUAUUUCACUCAACAAUUUAUCUCAUCAACAAUUCACUCAUCACAAAGAUGGACGAGGAGGAGAGCAUAUCACACUCCAAGUGUGUAAUAUAAUAAUUAUUAUGUAUUACUUGGUUCAGAAUUGAAAUCUUCAAUUUCUUUAAACUGCUUGCUACUAUGACGCGACUAAAGCUGUUAUUUGUUGUGAAUGCUAGUGAACCCUUUGUGAGUAUAUGUGUGAGUGUAUGUGUAACAGAGGACUCAAAAGUCAUGCAUUCAAAGUUCUUCAAUACCUCUGGUAGGUAAUACUUAUUAAAGGAUAGUAUUACUUAACUGAAUUAAUUUUAUUGAAAGACAGUAAUGAAAUAUGAUGAUAGCAAAAGAAAAAUAGCUACAUAAAUAGAAAGAGUUAGCAAGGGAAAAAUAAGAGAUUUCAACAAUAUUCACAGUAAUUCAAGAGAAACUUUGUAUUCGGAUCUUUUCCUUUGGCACGACAUGUGAAUAUUAUCAUAGAAACUAUUAUCAUCAGCGACAGCCAAAUUCAUUAAAUUUAUGUGGGGAGGGGGUGUCAGACAAUAAUGGACCAUGAAGACCGGCGGGGUAAGGAGGUUGUGCUUGCUCUUAAGGGAGGAUAUGAGAAAUCAUAUUCAAUAAAUAGCAGUUUUUUUGGGAAAAAUCUGUUCCGAAGAUCACUUCCGAGAUAAACUCAUCUGCCACCAGGUUCAAAUCCUAUUGAUUCGAAUCUUUGAUAUGAGAAUAGAAGACACUCAUUCAUAGAAUUGAGUCUCCACUAUCCCAAUCCAUAUAAAAUAUUCAUUGGAAUAAUGUUAAUUCAAGAAACAUUUCUAGAUAUAUCAGUACUUUGCAACUCUGAUUUAAGUUUUAGGUGAGAGCAUGUGUGGGGAAGGGGAAAAUGCAUACAUGAGUAUGUCAUCCAAGUGUCAAAGUGUCAUCCAAAUCCCCCCUCCACAAAUCGCUUUGAUCGGCACCACUGAUUAUCAUGAUAUUAUUUUGCUGCUUGGGCAUUAUUGAAAAAAAUACAAGUAGCUGAUGAAUGGAAUUCCAGAAUUAUCGUGGCUGACACUAUUCAAAAUCAAGGUUAUUGAUGGAAUAAUAUUAUUGUAUGGGUUUCUAUCAUGUUCUACUCAAAUUCAAGAACUCGUGAUCGAUUCAGAAAAGAAUUCAAGAACAAUCCAAAAUCAGAAGGAUUCUCUAAGAAAUCACUUGAUAAACAUUUGAGCAGGCUUCCAAUAAGUUUCUAACUUAGGUACAUAAACUAAUUUUUUGUUUCGAUGAGAUAAAGUCUCUUGGAAUCAAUGAAUUUUCGAAUGUAUGGCUUUUGACCCUGAAACCCCCACCCCCACCCUAUUGUUGUUCAUAUUGUGGCAACUAACAAAGUUAUGAAUGAGCAGGAUAUCUCUCUGUCUGUCAAGUGUUACCUCCGUAGGCCUACUUAGGACACUGCCUAUAGUCAGCACAAAUUAUAAAUAUUAGAUUUUAAGAUAUAAAUACACUUGUGUCCAAAGAAGAAAUUGAUAUGGUAGGGUAUGAUCUACUGUAGUGCUCAAUGUUACUGUACCUUCUAAUAUAAAAAAUACUAUAUAGUGAUAUCGGAAUCAUAAAUUAUUUGUGGAUGUAAAUCUAUUUAUGUAUCAUAAAUGAAUAUCUAAAUAUAAUAUAUAUAUAUGAAUCGAUGGAUAGUUGUCAAUUUUAGGUGCACACUAAAAAUUUAGCCUAGAGUAAAAAAAAUUUCAGCAAGAUAAAUGUGAUUGUGGAUGCACAGUACAAAAUGCUUCAGUAAAGGUCUUGCCUGAAGUGAUAUGUUCGAAUUACCCGUUACCAAUCGAACAUUUAUCUUACAGCUAUGACAAUUUGUGAGCUUUAAUGUAUCGUAAAAGAAUGCAAAAUUGUAUGUAAUAUUUUAGGCUAGUUGAUGGAACGCUUUUCUACUGUCCAUGAAUGACAAUUAAUGAUUAUACUCUAUGAAACUCAGAGGAAUCUGUAAGCUCUCUUACUAAUCAGUAAGAUAUUUAUCCAUGUUCAUUUUUCGCACUGAUAAACGAUAAUUGUGUACUCGAUGUGUUUUCAUGAGAUAAUUUAAGAAGCUUCUCCAUUGAUUACUAUGUUAAAUUAUCAGACUUUACUAUGCUUUCAUUUCAGUUGUAUGUAAUCAAGUUUAUACAGUUUAUACAGCACACAUCUCAAUUACAGGAAAUCCUUAUGCGUCUGUCAACACAGCAACCUAUAUCAUUGGGGUCCUGAUUUAUCAUUGUUAGUAAAUCACUAUAUUCAAUUCUGAAUUCUCAAAUUUCAAAUCAAAAUAAUAUAGCCUACUUUCCUUGCAGAUGUUAUAAGAUCUGUUAUUAGUAGGCCUAUUAGUUUCUUCUGUUGUGUGGAAUUGGGAUAUAAUAUGGAAACAAAGAGUAGGCAAAUAAAUUUCAAAUUUCAAAAGUAUCGAUAUUACAAGUCGAGAAGUUGUGAGAAUCUUAACCAGAUGUUCAGGGGAUAGAUCAAGGAAGGUUCGAUACAAAAGAAAAUUUUCUCUGGACUUUUUUUUCUUUUCAGCUUUACUUUCUCUCAAAUUUCGUGCUACUCGAAUCUACUCAAUUUGUUUUUGAACUCGAAUUCUCUUAUUUGAUCCAAAGUAAAAUUUUCAAUACCCAUGAUCGAUUCAGUUUCAGCCAAACUAAUUUUAGAAGGAAUUCAAAGAAUUGAUCCAAAUACAAGUUUAAAGAACCAUCUUUGAGCUUCAGCAAUUGUUUAGGAAACUUUAUCAUGCUCAUUAUCCUAUUUCCAAAGCUUUCCACAUGAGUUUUUUGUUCCAGCAUAAUUUACAAAAAAAAAUUAGCAGUUGGAUGAUUUUUGGACCAUUGGGAAAAUUGUGAAAAAUUAUUAUUAUUUUGAAGCAUUUACACAUUGAAACACUAUAUCUGACCAAUAUCAACCUUAGAAUUGCUCACUAUCUGUAUAACGUUUGAUAGUAGUUACGCUUGUUCAGGAAGCCAAGGACACAAAUGAAUAAUUUUUCACAAUGAAUUUGUAAAAAAAUUCAGAUCCUUAUUGCACUAGUGCCUGUAGUAUUUAUGAGCUAUUGCUGGAUUCAUUACUUUCUAUUCUUUUACUUAUCAAAAAAUUAUGAAACACGCUCAAAAUUCAACUAAAAACUCUAUUUAUUUGGAAAAACUAUAUUUUAGGUACCUACCGAACUGAAUAUUAUAAAAAUAGGAACAAAAGCUAAUCUAUGAAUUAAAAUUGUUGUGUUAUAGGCUACCUUGCUUCAUUUGGAAAUCGUCAACUUUGAGUAUACAAUGUGAUAAUCUAUUAAUCAAACUCUUCUUUCUACUGGAAAAAACAAUCAAAAUUAUUAAUUUAUUGCACUUGAUGUAUUCGUGGAACAAAUUAUUGUUUUGUAUAGAUUUUAGCGAGUGUAUAAGUUAGGCCUAAUCAGCACAUUCAAGGAGACAACUAGAUCACUCAGAAACGCUUCUCUGCACAAUAAAAGGAAAGUAUAUAAUAUAUAUAUGUAUGUUGUAAUAAAUGGUAACUGUAUUAUAUGAAUAUUUGUAAUAAUUGUAAAAUGUAAACUGCUAAGAUCCUAGCUCUUGCUUUUCUAUGAUCAGUGGAAGUGGAUAGUAUCUGACCUAUUGGAAAUAUUUGUAAAUUUUAUAUACUGGUAAGCUGUAAGGAAUAAAAUAGAAAUUUUAAUUUUGUAUUUGUCUUGGAAAAAGACAGUAAAUCUAUCAAAUAUAAGCUACUCGAUGUGGUGUACAAGCACAGCUAUUCAAUUAUCAUCAUGAAUUAUUUUACUACCAAGUGUGAAUUUUUCGUCAAGUAAGAGGAUACUGUAUUUUUCUAUCAAAAUUCAACUCCAACUCUAUCAUUUUUUUCAUGAGUUACAGAUCAAUAAAUUAACCAAGUUGAUCGACGGUUGACGUUUCGGUUUCCAUUGACGUUUUAGCUACAAUUUUCAAAGGAAAUUGUUAUAUUUGAACCCCUUAACUUCCAUGAAUAAACCCAUUAACUUCCAUCAUUCAUCUUUGGCGUUUCAAUCCACACUCUUUCACAGUUGUAUAAGGAAUUUUUAUCUCUAUACCAGAAAAAUUAACCAGCUUGAAGUUUACUGUUGAUGAACUGGGAUAAUCAGGUCAGGUCAAUGAGCUGAAUUGCGAACUAUCAUUUCGAAAAAUAUGAAAUAUGAUUGCCAAAAGUGGAAAUUGUAUCAAUACUAUUAUUGAUAUACAGACCGCUUACUUGACGAAAAACGUUUUAAAUAUUUUUGCUGAUAUCUAUCAUGAAUAUCGAUGUCUAUAGUAGAAUUAAGUGUGCCUCAUAUCUCUAUGUUACACAUAAAUUUUUCCUCUGAAUUAUCGAUCAAGAGAGACGUUUUUUUCUCGAAGUUACUAGAAAAUGAGUCUGCAAGAUUUAUUUGAAUAAUCUAUCCUAGGUUGAAUAAAGAUAACAUUUUUCAAUCAAACAAUAUUCAUUCGAAAGAUAGCCAGUUGAUUGAUAUAACAAUUCGGCAUUAUUUCAAGAAGAAUAAUAUAUUGGCAAAUUAUGUGAAUGCAUACAGGUUUUUUUCAUCAAUUUUCUCCAAAGCUAAUUACACGAGCCACAAGGUAUGAAGAUUUAAUUGGAUGGAUUUGCCUCAAGAAUUUAUAUUUUCUCCUUUCAUAUUUGAAAUCAAAAAUCGAAAUAUUCACAUACCAAUUAAAUUGAUAUUGAGUUAAAUCAACUGAAGUUGAAAGAGAUUUGAAGAAUUUCAAUCCAAACUUACAAUUCCAAAAGUGGAUACCAAAUUAUGAAAAAAAUAUUUCUUUCAUCAUACGAGAGGUAUUUUGUAGAUUGACGUAUAUUUCGCCAAAUUCGAAUUUGUUGGAGUUAAUAGCAGAGAUAGCUAAUUGCUAUGAUGAUAUGAUACGGUACCCUGAAAACGUGAGAUUGGGAACAAUUCAACAUGAUCUGUCGUGAUGCUUUCUUGAUGUGGAAAUUAAUUGUGGCAAUCAACAGAAAAUAAUUGAUUAAGGGAUAAUUAACAAUAUCAUGGUAUUAUUUCAACUCUAUUUUUUCAUGUGAAUGCUAACUAUUAAUAAUCUGAUAAAAUAUUUAAUAGGCUAUACAAUAAGUGUAGAAAAUAUGUUGUUGUGAAAUUGAUCGAUGUUCAAUGUAAGCAAAAUAGCAAAUAAGUAUAUAAAGCUACAAAAAUAUUAAAUAAUUGUGCAUAUUUCUUUUCUUUGAAUUUUAUUACUUUCAUAACAUUUAUACUUUAUCUAGUUGCUCUGGAAAAUGAUAAGUGAACACACUACACAGUAUAUAAAAAAUGAAUAAAUGAACUGAGAUAAGAUAUAUUUUAUAUACUUAAUUGUAAGCUUUAUGUUACGAUGUUACGUUGAAAUACGAUUUUGACAUGGAUAAACAGUGUUAAAUCCGACACUAGACUUACCUGUGAAAAUUGAUGACGAAUGAAAUAAAAAAUAAAAUCAA